UCCGACUUUGCAUCGUGUUCGGGUAUCGUGAGGUGAGAUAGAACAAGGUGGGUUUUGUUCCUCCUUCACUGGUACUACUCUUUUGGCUCCGCCCAUAACCGCCGCCAGAACUGAAUAGCCAACGUUUUGUCAUUGCCGGUGAACUAUUGACAUGACGUUUACUACUUUUGUUUCUGUCCCUCUGCUCGCGCUGGUCGCUUCGAGUCUUCCAAUUUUGCCCGACUCCGAACUGAUGUCAGCAGAAAUGCAAGAUUCUGCGCAGGUAGUUUUUCGUUUACGUUCAUCGCAUCCAGAUGACUUCCAUUGCGACGCUCAAACGGAGAUCGGGACCACGUAUGCUGCUGCAAAUGAUGGCUACCUUUCAUUCGAUGCAGUACAUGGGUCGACCACCGCAGAAGGUCUAAUGCCUUUUGGUCAACGGAUCACGACCGUGAUCAGCUCAGGAGAUGAAGUGCCAACCACACACAACCUCUCAGACCUCGUCACGAACUAUGGGAAAGCAGAUUUCUUGACUUCUGCUUCUAUCCUCUUCCUCAUCUUCUCAUGCACUAUUGUGCUGCUUACACUGGCCUGUGUAGGCCUAAGAUUGUAUGCCAUCAAACACUUACAUACCCAAAUUCUUUGGUCUCACAAGGCUUGGCAAAGUCUGCCUCAUGUUGAGAAUCAUGCCGUGUUGUCCUCCUGCAGGAGAAAUUCAGACAUUGGAACAACUAUAGCGCUAACGCAGAGUAUACUUGAUGAGAAAUCCGAGGAACCCCCGUAUUUCAGUGCUCGCGCUUCUGCACCAUUGUCCUGUGUCUCCAUCGCCACCUCCGAUGACUUAGGAGAAGACCCAGAGGACGAGAAAUUUCACGAUGCUCUAGACAUUCUGCCAUCCCUCGGCGUGCAAGAUCCGUCACCUGAUUCACCUUCGCAGGAUCUUUCUUUGCUACCGAUCCCAACGGCACUUGACCCUACCCCAGACGAUCGACCCAUUCCUUCACAAGCAUGUGUACAUCCAACAAUAGAUUCUGAAACUCGUGAACCACCUACACGUCCUUCCUGGUCCAUGCGGGUCGCUCGUUCUAUUCCUGCACCUCCUUCAUCACCCCUUAUCCAUCCUCGCAGUCGCGCAUACCGUGCUGUGCCUGAGUUUGACAUUGCUCUGGCGAUGCAGCUUAGGCCAGGCCGCGGCGUUGGCGCUGACCCAGCGUGGAUGGUGCGCUUCUUAAUGGCUAUUUUCGGAUGGUUUGCUGUUGCGCUUACAGGGAACCAAUAAGUCUAGUGCAGGUUGGAAUUCUAUUUGUAUGCCCGCCGACCCUGACUUGCCACGAGGUUCCAAUUUAUGACUGCCCUUGCAGGGUGUAGGGUGCUGGUGUUCCCUGACACUUCGGCAUUUUUGUAAAGGAAUCUAUUACAUGGAAGGAACAUCGCAUCGCAUCCGUCAUAUCCUGAAAAAUAUCCGUCUCUAUGCCAUCAAUUGUCUUGCAUUUUUCAUACCUUUCAUGACACCCUAUGACACCCUGGUUUGUUCCAUAGCAAUAGUUCAGAGUUUAGUCUGAUCAACUUUCUCGACCACGACCGCAUUUUAACCGAACUGGGCGGCAUGCAGUACAUACGUAAUUGCGAUCAAGUUUGGCCAUUUCAAAUGAAUUUUCUUCUCCGAGUUCUUACAUCAUGAUGAUAUAUGAGAGCAGGAAUGAGUUGACUUGACAGUCAGGUCUAUCUUGUGUGCUACUUGC